ACCACCCUGGCCCACACCCUGUGGGCACUCAGCAGAUGUUCUUUGAGUGACUGAUAGCCGUGCCCUUUCUGUGCUAUCUCCUGAAGAGUCUCACUGGAACAUAAUAAUGUUCUUGUUCCUGAAGGUUCAAUAAUCAGACAGCAGCACACCUCUUGAGAACUUCUCUUCAUCACAGCCACUGAUUAUAGCUUACCUCUUCCUCCAUGAGGGUCUUGCUUUCCGUCCUGGGAGUCCUCAUCUUGUUGUCUGUCGUCCCCCCAGCCAGAAAUUUUUUUUCUAGGACUGGCUGUUCUACAGGAUUCUAUAAUUGCAGGAUGGCUUGCAAAAAAAAUGAAUAUGCAGUUCGAUAUUGUAAGAACUGGACAAUCUGCUGCAAGAUAAAGAAGUCUCAAUUACUUAAGGAAAAAAAGGUGGUGACAAAUCUCAUGCUAUCUUCUUCAGACCCCAAGAAAAGAAACUGA